GAUCUUGAAGCAGGAGCGUCCGACCUGGCGGCUCUGGCCGAUAAAGUCGACCUCCAGGUCAACGGGCAUCGCCUCCGACAGCUCCAGCGACUCUUCGUCGUCCUCAUCCUCCAGCUCAUCGGACUCCGACUCUGAUGUGAGUUCACACAGAAAAAACACCGUUAAAGCGUUAAACGGUGAAAGCAGAACCGGACCGAGGCAGCAUCAUGAACAGAACAAAUACCACGCCGAGUCAGGCUCCGAGGGGGACGCCAUGUCCCACCGCCGCAAGAAGAGACGCACCUGCAGCAGCGCUGCCGCCAACGGAGACACCAGCAGCCAGGAUGACUGUGUCAGCAAGGAGAGGAGCUCAUCCCGGUGACCUCUGACCCCCCCGGCCUCCGCGCUGACCCCGCCCACAGUGUCUGUCCGUGGGAGGAGAUGGCGCACUGAGGACAUUAAAGGGUCAGUGGGGGAUUUUCUGAACUUUAGACAAAGCAGUGAAUGAAUCUACAAACAGCAGAAACACAACGAACACUAAUACGACCUGAUGAUUGACAGGUUAAAGCAGUGGUGUCCAACAUACGGCCCGUGGACCAAAACCGGGACGUCAAGAGUCCGAUCCGUCCCAUCAUACACUGAGAUAUUAAAUUAUCUCUGAAAUCACUGAAAUUAUUAAAUAUUGGUGUUAAAAUCCUUCACAUUCAGUCUAAUAUGAUCUAAAGUGGAUCAGAACCAGUGGAAUAAGAACAGAAUAACCCAGAAAUAAUGACAAAU